AUGAACGAUUUUAACUUGGUUGAUCAUGAGUGGCUGCAGUCACUUUACCAAAUCAGGGAUACUUGGAUACCAGCUUAUUAUCGUGAGGAGGUCAUGUCCGGGCUUAUGCGUACCUCUUCUCGUUUCGAGAGCGAGAACCAUUUCUUUGGACAGUUCUAUAACCCGGGUUGCACACUUGUCGAAUUUCUCGGGCAUUUUGAUUCUGCUAUUGAAGCUCAGAGACACGAGCACAGGAAGAAUGACCAUGACACCAGAAAUACAAACGCUGAAAUAUGGGCUGAAGACUUUGUUUUGGAGGAUCAAGCGUCCAGGAUAUACACACGCACUAUAUUUUUUGACCAACAGUUGGAGAUACAAAACGGUAUACACAGAUGUGCUAUCGGAAAGUGGGAAGACAUUGGUGACUUCGUUAACUUUUUUGUGAAGGACUGGGAACAACCAUGCACUACUUUCUUCGAGGUUAUGAUGCGGGAGGCCGACAUGACUGUGUAUUGUACAUGCAAAAGAUUUGAACAGUUUGGGUUGUUGUGCUCACACAUCUUUUGUGUGCUAAGGAUGCUUGACAUUAGGGAGUUUCCACAACGCUAUAUAUUACGACGUUGGACUCGGGAGGCUGUUCCAAAUAGUGCCCCUGGUGCUAUUCUAGGUAUCAAUGAGACUGAGGAUCGUUAUAAUGAAGUUAACCGUGUUGUACGUGAGAUCACAUAUUCUACAGAGUCGGUUAUUAAUCAGCUUGUCACCAACUUUGAUGCGCUAUGCUCGUUCAGGGAUCAUGUUGUUAAUUAUUUCAAAACUGCUGAUGAGUCUGUUGUCAAUGCUCCACCUAAGAGCCGUCGUGAAAGGUUUACAGAAAUUACUGGUAACACAAAACCAUCAGAAGCAACCGUUCGUGUUCCCAUUGGAACAAGAUUCAAAGGUAUGGGUAAGCCUAAACAGAUGAAGUCCAAACGUGAAAUUGCAGUAAGUCAGUUGGGUAAAAAGAGCCGUCAAUGUCAAAACUGUUUUAGAUACGGUCAUAACAGACGUUCUUGCAAAAACCCUACCCGGACUAAAGAACAAGCUAUGGCCGAGGAUCACGGCGAAGAAGCUGAUGAAGUCGACGAGGAGGAAGAUGAAUGGGAGGAAGUUGAAGAAGAUAUGGAUGAACAAGAUGAGGAUGCAUUAGACGAGAAGGAUGGGGAAGAGGAAACUGUGGUGUUUUUAGUUGUUCAGGGUGUUAUUAUUGUGCAGGUUGCAAAGGAGUUGAACUAUGGUGUUUUUAGUUGUUCAAGGUGUUAUUAUUGGUGUUCAUAUGUUCAGGUUGCAAAGGAGUUGGUAUAUUUAUUUACAUAUUUAGCAUGA